CAGUUCCCACCGUUCCAGAGCUGGCUCAAGAGCCUCGACGACCAGCUCUGCUCGAGCACCAUAUCUGUCAGCAAGGUCAGAAUACAGGGCAUCGAUCUGUUUGGAUCAGGCAAGAUCGGCUUCAUCAAGUUCGUAGCCGAUGCGCAGCACGCGACCGGCCAGCGUGUGCCUGGAAUAGUGUUUAUGCGCGGCGGCUCCGUCUCAAUGCUGAUCAUACUGCGGACUGAGAAGGGACCACGCGUGCCCAGUUUCCAGGACCACUCGUCGUAUGUGCUGUUGACGGAGCAGGCGCGCAUGCCGGUGGCCAAUUUCCAGAUGCGCGAACUGCCUGCCGGCAUGCUGGAUGGCGAGACCGGCGAGUUUGCAGGCACGGCUGCCAAGGAAAUCCGCGAAGAGACAGGGCUGGUCAUUCGGCCCGGGGAUCUGGUCGAUCUGACACAGGAAGUGGUCCAGGGUACCAGCGAUCUCGGCAUGUACCCAAGCGCGGGCGGCUGUGAUGAGUUUGUCAGGCUGUUUGCCGCCGAGAAAAUCGUCUCGCCGCAGGAGCUGGCGGAACUAAGGGGCAAACUCAGCGGCCUCAGGGACCAGGGCGAGCUGAUCACGCUGCGGCUGGUCAGGCUCAGUGAGCUGUGGCGCGAGACACGCGAUCUCAAGGCUACUGCGGCUCUGUACCUGUGGGAUCGGCUGCAG